CAUUUCAUCACAUUCUCAUCUUGCAUACUAAAUUCAUAGCAAUAAAUUUAAAUAUCCAUUUUUUGAUCUUUAAUUCCGCAGAAUCAUGGGUGUUUUUACUCUAGAAAAGGAAAUUACAACCGCAGUUCCUCAAGACAAGAUGUUCAAGGUCUUUGUUCUUGAAUCCCAUACCCUUAUUCCCAAGAUCGUGCCUAGUAUCUCCAUUGAGAUUCUUGAAGGAACUGGAGGCCCCGGAACCAUCAAAAAGACUAGCUUUUCUCAAGGUGACAUAAAGUACAUUAAGACCAAAGUGGACUCCACAGACAAAGAAAACUUCACACACAGCUACAGCAUUAUCGGAGGAGAGCCAUGGAUGCCGGAACUUGAAAAGGUUUCUUAUGAAGUGAAAGUAUUGGCUUCUCCUGACGGAGGAUCCAUUUGCAAGAGCACCAGCACUUACUACCCAAAGGAAGGCUGUGAGAUCGACGAGGAAAAAAUCAAGGCUGGUGCCGACAAGGCUCAGGGUCUGUUUAAGAUUGUCGAAGCUUAUCUCUUGGCAAACCCUGAUGCUUGAGAACUUAAUUACUACAGCGGAACUUGUUGUGUUUAAACUAAACCCGAGUUUUUUUUAUGUUGGAUCUGCUUGAAUUUUCUUUCUGUUUAAGGUUUUAUGGAAGGGUUAAAAAACUACUUUUGGCCUUUGUAAUAAUAAGUUUGUAAUAAUGAUUAAUGAGUUUGAGUGAAGUUUGUAUUCUAUUAAUAUAUGAAAUACGUUUUCUCAAUUUGUAUUACAGUCA